AUGUCCGCGUCCGACGGACGCGUCUGCCUCCGCUGCCCGACCAUUCACAGGGCGCCACGUGGCCUCUGCCACCGCCCGCCGCCGCCGGCCCGCCAGGACCGCGGCCGGCCCCCGGAGCCCGAGCCGCCGCCAGGCUCCUCCCGCGCGCGCCACGCCGCCCUUCCGCCGCCUCGCUCGCUGCUUCCCCGCUGUCGGCACGGCGCUCGCUACCACCAGUCGCCCGCCGCUGCCUGUCUCCAGCGCCGGCCUCAAGCUCCACCGCCGCCCGUCGUCGUUCGGCCGCCGUCGGUCGCCCGCGCCCGCCGCCGCCCUUCGGAUUCGGCGCGCCGCACCGGAUCCGACCAGCCCCAUCACGCCGGCGUCUUCUCCGUCGAGCUCCGCGAACUCCAGCCACUUCUCCGGCGAGAUCCGGGCUGGAGUGGACCAGAUCCACCGGGAGACGAACCAAACGCCGCCCUGACCCGGAUCCCUUCGUCCCGCACCGCUCCAUCCCGUUGA